AUGUCGCGCCUUGAAAUGAUUUACUUAAUGCAAGUAUCGUUGUAUCUCCCAACAUUUUCCGACGUCAUUACAUUCAUUCAAGUGAACCACUCCACCAACUCUGCAGUGACUUCUUUAAAAGUGAAUCCAUGGCUUACCUCAACACUAGACGUUGAAAAAUUUUACGACUUUUUUCACCCCGACACGUUGAACUGUAACUUCUUACCAGUAUCAUUUGGUUAUCUCUCAAAACCAAUUUUUAUCAGAAAUUACAAAAUAGAAUGCACUCCUGAAAUUAUUGAAAAUAUAACACUAAAAAUUUGUGAAAAAAUGACGAAUUUUAUAAUUGGUAGUUCAUCAAAAUUUGGAACCAAUGAUCCACAAAAAUUGUUCCAACUGAUUGUAGAAACUUAUCGUCAAAAGGUGACUAUGUCAAUCAACUGUUUUGUUAAAUUUCUGGACUACUUUGACCACUAUGAAACUUGUGAAGACUUUAAAAAAAUAUUCCCAAAAAAUGUUUCAAUUUAUUUUGAUUUAAAAUUUGGAACAAAUACUUUUGAAACCAGAACACAUGCAGCUAUUAAUUUACCAUUUAAUAGAAUUAACGAACUUCCAAUGAAAUAUUCAACACAAAUUGAUAUCAACUGGACAAACGGUGGUUCUUUCAUUGGGAAUGUCGUUUCAACACAAAAUUGUCGAAAUUACUCGAACAACAUUGAUAUCGAAAAUUUCAAUUAUUAUGUUCCAUACAUCCAAAACAACGCCUUAAUAUUUCAGACAAAAAAUUUAAUACAAAAUUCUGAUUUACAAAAGAUCGAAAAAAUUGUUGAAAAAUGUGAAGCAACUAAAACCCAUUUUGUUGGUAAAGUCUAUGACCUGAGUCUUUUGCAUCUUCCAAAGUGCGUCAAGUCACUUUUAUUGAAAAAUGAAUAUAUAACAAACUCAUUUGAACGUCUCGAGAAACAAGACGACUGUGUGAUACUUCCUGAAGUUUUUGAAGUUGAAGAGUUCGUCUCAGAAAAUGUCACUAUCCAAUUUUCAAACUGUUUUGACACGGUUAAAAAAGUUGAAAUGACCAACACUCAAAUAAUUAAAAAGAAACAAACAGAAACCCCCGAAAAUUGUGAUAAAUUACAGGUAUGGGAGAGAGAGUUACAAUUUCCUUUUGUAAACGUGGAAGAGUUAAAACUUGUCAAUCUGAAUGGUAUUUCUUAUGAACAUCUAGAACCAUUGAAACAAGUUUCACUCUAUAACGUCAGAAAUUCCGAGUUUUCUAUCAAUAAAGAAUGUGCAAAGAAUAUUGCAUGUAAAGGAUGUUCAAACUGCACUUUAAAUAUUGACUGCGAAUUGUGUGAAACUUUUGAAUUCAAUUCGUGUCUAAAUUUCACAUUCAACUUUUUGAAUACCAAAAAUAAUAAAUUGAGUGCCAAAUUUGCAAAUUCUUCAUAUUCAAAAAUCUCGUCAGAAACAGAUUUUAUUAAGUCUUUGUCUAUCUACAAUUGUAAAGAUUUUGAAAUUGCAAAGAACACCAAAAUAGAGAAAUUGGUGAAGUUAGUUGGUGUAAUUGUUCAAGACGUUGUAUUUGAAGCACUGUUGAAUUAUGUUGAUAUCGAUUUCACACAUACAAGAAGUGUGUUGUUGUUCAAUAUCGAAAAUUUCAUUUUUCCAAACACUUUUAAAAAUUGUGAAAUUGUCACAAUUGAGUAUUGCAAUAAUUGUCAAUUUAAUUUUAAUAAUUCGAAUAUGAAACAUCUGAAAAUUAUUUCAUCAAAAGCAAUCAAUUUCAAAGGAAAUUUUAACUCACUUGAAGAAGUUGAAUAUUUAGAUUCAACAUACACGUUCCCCACAGAUUUCGACAUAUCAAAACACCCAAUUUGUCCUUUAAAGUGUACUGAAAGUGAAACUCGUGAAUUAUGUAGUUCAGAAGAGUACGAGAAACUGAAGCAAAUUUGUUUGACUAAAGACAGCAGAACACCUUCACAAACAUCUUCACUAGUAUUCCCACAAACAACAGUUUAUCCAAAUCAAACCAAUUUCAAUAUAGUCCAACAAAAUUUGGAAAAAAAUGGAAAUUUGAAUGGAUUUGUUCUACGAUCAGUACGCCGAAAUAUAUUUGGUGAGGUCGUUACUGAGCAAAAAAAUGGUAUUUGUGUGAAUCCAUCACUUCCACAAAAUGCCACAACUGAAAAUGUCAAAGUUAACAGUCGUAAUUUUUUUAUCAAAAAUUGUAUUUGCACAACACUUCUUAUUGAACAACACAUCGAUUUUUUACCAAAUAUAAAAUUGGAAAAUUUCAUUGGGAAGUUCCCAGAUUUCUCUUCAAAUGCGUUUGGAAGAGUAGAAAUGAAGAAUUGCAAUUUUGUCACUGUUUUUGUAUUUGGAAUAGUAAAUUCGGCACUAAAUGUGGUUGAACUGAAAAUGCGCAAUUGUACUAACUUUGAUAUUGAAUUAAUGAGUAAAACAAAGGAAGUGGAUAUUGUCGAAUCAAAUGGAUCGAUCAAUUUUUUAACGAGGGAGGGAAAAUACAACAGAAUUCACUUUGAACGGUCUCAAAUUCAAAUGAUCAACAGCUCCGGGAUGUUUCAUAAUGUCGGCGAUUUAUGUUUUGAUGCAACCGAAUUACCUAUGUUAUUUGAGAAAAUGUGUUUGAACAAUUUAGUAAUGAAAAACAUCGACAAUGUACCUGACCAAAUAAAUAUAACAUCAAAAUCAGCAACUUUUGAGAAAUGCAAGAAUUUAUCAUUGAUGAUUGGAAAUGAGACAGAACAAGUCGUAUUGAAAAUGUGCAAAAGGUGUUUUGUGAUGUCGAAAAAGCCAGAAAACAUCACACAAAUAGAAAGUAGUGACGUCGAAAUUUUUGAUGGAAUUGAUGCAUUAACACAACGACUAAAUCAAGUCAGUAACGCUGAUAAUCCACAACAAAAUCUAUUUGGAGCACCAUUUGGAUAUUCCCGAAAUACACUCACGGGCUUUGGGUUUCAUUAA